GGCGGCAGCGCGGGGCCGGCGGCACUCGGCCACCCCGCCGCCCGCACACCGUCUCUCGGCGGAUCCCCGCUCGGGCGGCAGCCGAAUUGGUAUUUGCAAGUUCCCUGCCUCAACAGUAAUCAUCAUGGAUAGUGUGUUCUUAACAGAGGACAAAGCCAAUUCUGUGUUAAAAAGAUAUCCAAGAGCCAACACAUUUCUGGAAGAAUUAAAGCAAGGUGACAUAGAACAUGAAUGCAGAGAAGAAAUCUGUAGCUAUGAAGAAGCAAGAGAAGCAUUUGAAAAUGAGGAAAAAACGAAGGAGUUCUGGAAAGUCUACAAAAAUGGACUUCAGGGAGAAAGUAACACAGGACAUACCUGGAGGAAAUGUAUGAAGUCAGUGGGCUCUCUCCAGGAGGUCUGAGCUAUACGGAUGGGCGGUCAGACUCAAUAUCCACAAGGCUCUCAAACUGUGAUCCUCCUCCUUCAUAUGAGGAAGCCACUGGUGAAAUCAGCAUGAGAAGUGAAACCGAACAACAUUUAGAUCCACCCCCACAAUACGAAGACAUUGUGAAUUCCAGUUCAGUCACUGCAAUUGCACUAUCUCCUGUUGUCACCAGUACUAAGUAAAGCAAGAAGAAUGCUAUGGACGUUUUAAAAAUCACUAAUCAUUUUGUAGCACUUUAUCUUGGCUUAUUAUGCAUUUCUGUAAUUUAAAGGACUUGUAUAACAAACUUCACUUUUGUUUUAGAUUCACUUUUCUUUGGGUUUGGGAUUUUUCCCCCUGCGGCAGGUCUUAAAAGAUAAGAAAUCUGUAUUGGGAGUGUAGUGCAGAUACAAAGGUGGUGCUCUGUCGCACUUCUCAAAAGUACCUCUGCUUUGAGGGAUGUUACUUAUUUUAUUGCAAACAUUGUCCACAUUCCCCACAAGAUUCAUGGAAUCCCCCUCCCCUUUCUUACUGCUGACCAUCAGAAUUGCCUGAUAGGGAAUCCUUAAGCAACAUUUUAGUUAUUUACACUAAAGGGGACUGAUUUUGCAGUAUUGCCUCUUGUCUGAUUGGUUCCUUUUUCUCACUUGGAUUUUUGCUACAUGCUGCACCCUGUGCUGGGCCCUUGGAAGGCUGAGAGCGGUAUGCCUUUGUGUUCAAACCAGUAUCUCGUUAAGAGUAUGCUGGCAUAAUAGCAAUAAUUUUCAGAGUCCUAGCAGAAGAGGUGUAUUCUAAAGCUUUUGCUGUUACAACUCAAAAUUCUGUAAUGUUUAGAAGCUAACAAUUCAAGAUACUGAUUAGUUAAUUUAAUAGUGCACUUCUUUUCUGUUCUGCCUUUCCUCUCCGUUUUCACUUGUGCAUUCUAGAGGUGAGAAGUGUGCAUAUAUGAACUUUCAAGCUCUAAAGUUAAUGCAACAGUACAUAAUGAAAUACUGAAGUACUCAAGAGUGGAUAAAAUCCUGAUCAUAGUCUUCCUACCAUAGUCUUCACUGGGACCAGGGUAUUAUCCAUAAACAUAUUAAACCCAAAGUUAUUACUUUCCAUUUUAAAAGGGAGAAAAAGGGAAAGCAUUCAGUGUGUGUGACUUUUUUUUCCCCAACUAUGAAAUAAAAGCGCCUUCCCCAAGUCCUGAUAUUCUUUUGUCUCUUGCAUACUUACGUGUACCAUGUGUGCACCUUGUAUGGUGGCCAUGGAAAUCCUUUGCAGAGAACAUAGAUUAUACCUUUUUUCAACAGCAAAUAUAUUUAUUGCUUAUCCAUUCCAACAAGGUGCUUCUGUUGCAAAAGUUAACAAUAUGUUAUGAUGAAAUAAAACUACUUACAUUUUUCAUUAUUUCUAAGACCAGUGUGGUGCUUUUAUCCAUGACAUGAAUUCUUUAAAGUGCACUCCAUUUUCAGCGUACACAAGUCUUUUUCUUUUUUUUUUUUUUUUUUUCCCCCAGCUCUUAGGUUACAGGUGCUCGUCAGAGUAAGAGGUGCUGGGAAGCAUGUUAGUCCAGGCUGGCUGCAGAAGGUGUGUGGCCAGCCUGUCUCUGCUCUCUCCAGCUGUGAGCUGUGGGGCCCACCUGAUGUAUGGCAGAACCGUGAGGACCCACCGUGUUGUAUUUCCAAGAACAUGAUGCAGAAAUAAUCCAACCAUUAGUCUGAAGUGACUUUUUGAGGCUGAAGAGGUGUGGAUUUCUGUCAGACUUGAAGCAAGUUGGAAUAGAGGCUUGUACAGAAUUUCAACCACCUGGUUUAGACACUGAUGAUAGUUAAGGUGGUGCAAGCUGUAGUGUAGCAAUACUUUUUUCCCAGCUUGAUUUAAAAGUUUUAUUGCUUGGUUCAGCUUCGGAAUAUUCAUUUGAGGUUUUUUUUGUUCCCAUGCCAAGGUAGUGUGGUGGUAUUGUUCUGUGUUCUACUAAUCGGUUCGCACCAACUGCAAUGUAUUUAGCCCUGAAGGACUGCUGUGAUAUGUCGGCUUUCUUACAACAGAAACCCAAACUGCAUCUUGUUCCGAAGACCCCAAAUGAAAUGCCAGUGCCAUCCGUUUGAAAUUACUCUUAAUGUCUGAGAUGUGUGCUGGUGUCUACUGUCUUGUGGGGGCUUGGCUUGUCUUUUCCAUAAGGAAUUUUACAGAAAGCUGCUGAAAAUAAAUCUGUGGUCAUAGAUGGGUGUGUAUAUGCACACUCUAAGAAUUUGAUACAAUGUAUUGACAAAUUAAGGCUUUUAUAAUUCAUUUCACGUACUUACUUUUGAUGAGAGUAGGUUGCCCGAGUUGUUUACUGGGGAUUUUCAGUUGCCAAGGCAAGUUGUAUUAAGAGUUCGUCUAUGAACUCCAGGCCAAACUGUUGUCAAAAAGAUAACUCUUAUUUAUUAAAUAUAAUAGAUAUUGGGCAGAUAAGUACAAUAUGUUUGGACAUUUGUAGUAGGACUUGCCUGGUUCUUGUUUUAGGACCGUCUGGCCUUUUCUUUGAAGUGGUUUUGGCUCUUGUGUGUCAUGAAUUGCCACUUGUAGAAGUUAAAGCUCCUUUUAUACUGAGCAGCAGUUAAUAUACUGCUUUAGGCAGACGUUACCAAAACAAAGUGCCUCACCUCAACCUGCAGGAACCAACUCAAAAAGAGAUGGUAUUUCAACAUCCAUGCCAUAUUGGCAUCUCUGUGCCUGCUAGCACAGCUAGUAGUUUUAGCAGUAAUUUUCCUUGUUUGGAUAUAAGACUUUACUGUACAAAAUGCAUGGAGAUCACCCAUUUCACAGUAGGUCAUUCAGCAGCUGCCAUCAUCCCAUGAACAUGGGCAGUGUAGUUUAGACAUGAGCUGGCUUUUUUUUUUUCUUUUUGUUUUUUGUGGGGUUUUUUUUGUUUGGGGUUUUUUUUAAUUACUCUUUAUUUCACUACCACUUUUAAUAGCUUUAUGUUUCUGCCUCCUGAGUUGACUGUGUUGCUGUAUCCUGUAGAAACUUCUAUGUGCAAUGCAAACGUGAUGCUUGUUUUUCCAAAAAACCAAAUAUCUAAAAUUAUCUAUGAGUUGAAUUUAUUGGGCUAUGCCUUUUCCAUGUACAUGGGCAUGAAAGCCAUUGUAGGCUGUAAUCUUACAUCUUGGUGAAUAAAUGUCAUAAUGAAACUAAACUUGAGUGUGACAGUCACCCGAAUGUAUUACCUCUAAGACAUGAAAUGCUUUCUCCAUGUCGGAAUAAUGUCAAAUUACAAAUUAUUUUGUUCUGUUUUGUGAAAUGCGGAAAGAUAUCUUAAGUCUUGUGUCUGGCUUUUCUAACCUGAUUGAAAAAUGAAAUUUCAUCUGUACUGGAUUUUUAUACAGCUUUUUUUUUCCAGGUCACUUAAUAGUUUUACCAAUCCUGUAAUUGCAUUGUCAUGCAAUAAAUAUAAAUUUAUAGUUGUACCUGUAAAAGUUUUGCAAGUUUUAAUGCAGUACUGUCUUGACUGAUGACAUGAAUAGUCAAGAUACUGCCUUUCCCACUUUUGAAUGUAACAUUGAAUUUAAUCUUGGAUCAGGACUGAGAUGAUUUAUCUACUACAACUAAUUUAAAUAUAUGUCGCUGUUUCAAGAAAUUAUGGAAAUUAAUUAUUUGCUUAGAUGUUAUUUAGUUUUAGUGAAGGUUGUUCUGACUUCACUGGAUGUAACCUCUGAUUACAGUAUUGCAUAUUUUAAAUGGGUUUGGUUUACAUUACAUUAUCCUAUUUAAACAUUUUUGCCUAUGUUUAUAGAAAAAUUUUUGUAACAUUUGUUUUUCAAUACGCUAAAUAAAUUUUUUUAAGAUGC